UGUGUGAGGCUCAGUUAGAGCUAGUGUUACAGUCAGGGACAGAGGAACAGUGGCUUCAGGACUAUCAGGGAGCAGCAGAGCUGACGUGACCUUCUUCCUGCUUCUAAUUGGAAUAUUUUUUGUGCUUACACAAACACACACUACACACACACACUACACAUGGACAGCACGCAUAUUGUGGAUGGAUUUCUUCUGUGACACGUGGAGGCAUGGAGACGUGUUGAAGGUAUGUGUGUGUGUGUGUGUGUGUGUGUGUUUGUGUGUGAGACAGAGCUGUAAGGAGUCUGGGAUGAUGGACAGGUGAGACAGUUGAACAUUUCCUGUCUGGCCAGCGAUGGAAAGAAGCUGAUCCAGUUUCUUCACUCCUGGAGAAGAACGUUUAAAGAUCAUGGGGAAUUCAUACGCAGGACAGCUGAAGUCCUCCCGCUUUGAGGAGGCAUUGCACAACUCCAUCGAGGCCUCGCUGCGCUCCAGUAACGGCGAUCCACAGCCCAUUUUCACUCAGCUUUACCUGGAGCCGGAUCACUUCACCACAAACCUGGAUGACAUUAAAUCCAAAAUGGACUUAAGCCUCAGGUCAGAUGCAGGUGGUCACGUCCUAAUGAACUGCCAGUCCUCCAGCGGCCUCGACGACAUGGACGACGACGAUGAAUCGGACACCAGCAGCCCUCCACUUCCCUACCUGCAGGCUCCGCCCCCUGACGGCUGCUGCACCGUGGACGGAUUCUGUCAGGCAGGGAAGGACCUCCGUCUGGUUUCCAUGGCGACGGAGCCUAUCGACAUCCCUCCUGGUUUCGAGCUGGUGGGAGCCAAAUCUCCCAGCAUUCCGGAGCACAUCCUGGUGUGUGCCGUGGACAAGCGCUUUCUGCCGGAUGAAAACGGGAAGAACGCACUUUUAGGGUUUUCAGGGAGCUGUGUAGGCUGCGGUGAGAAAGGUUUCCGCUACUUCACUGAAUUUUCCAACCACAUCAACCUGAAGCUGAGCACGCAGCCCAAAAAGCAGAAGCACUUAAAGUACCACCUGGUGAAGAACUCUCAGGGGGCGCUGUGUAAAGGCACACUCAUCUGCUGGAAAGACUGUAAGACCAGGCAGUUCUCCAGUGUGUCUUCAUCCAAACCCAGCUCAUCAUCCUCACUGAGCAGCAAAGAGAACGGAGGAACCAUCAGCCGCAGUCCCUCCUCCUUCUCCCUCUCAGAUUCACCUCCAGCACGAGGACAGUCCAGUUCGUCUCCGGGGAUUUUGGGGACUCCAGAAGUCAUGCAGGAAUGCAGCUUCCUGAAACCUCCAAGCACCAUGUCACACACCCCUAAAUCUUUACCUAUAGUACCCACUGCUCUGCGUGUUAACGGCCUGACAAACGGUUUAAGUUCAGAAAGCCGGCCCACUCUGCUAAGCCCCAGCUACACAAACCCACUGGCCACGCCUACACAAGGCUAUCGGCCAAUCAAACAAGGGGACAGUCCAGCAUCCUCUGCCAUGGCAUCAGGGCCUCCAAAAAAGCGUCACCGUAGUUGGCACCCUCCUCCAGUGAUGCCCGUCCCUGCCACCGCCAUCCCGGUCCCGGCGAUUCGCCCGAUUCCCUGUGGUACAGGUUCUCUGCUGUCACUGGCUAAUCAGGCGUCUCUGUCAGCACCAGGGGUCAUACAGCCUCAGCCAAUCACAACAGGAGAAACCCUGAUCGUCCCCGAUAACCUGCUGAACACCUGCGGGGUUCGACCCAUUAUCCUCAUCGGUCAAGGCGCUCUGCCGUACUUCUUCGGGAAUGUGUGUGAUGUAGUGGUGAGCCCCCUGCUGGCCAGCUGCUAUAACUACAGCCAGCUGAGUGAGAAGAGCCUGGUGACGUUGGGAGUGUCGCUGAGCCAAAUCCCCACCUCUGAGACUCUCAUCCUGCUCACACUGCAGUACCUCGCACGCCUCGGUUCGGAGCAGAUCCCCAUGCGUGAGGAGUUUGAGCAGAUCGUGCUGAAGGCCUCAGUGUGUGGUGCUGCCGUCCCCCCAAUCACCGCUGUGCAGCUGCCAUGGCUAGCACGAGUCGAGGCCAGUGUAUCGGGUGGAAGCGUUCAGGUGCUGCUUGCUCAGAGCUCUCUGGGUGAGGGAAUCUCAGAGACACUGCACUUGCUCAGUGAUAACACACACCUACAACAGCAACAAGCGCAACGACUGCCCAACUACGUCCUGAUAAUCCACACGUCGGCCUCCGCCGGGGCCUCAGAGUUCUGCAUCGUGGUGCUCGGUAAAUACCAGUCAAGGGCACUAGCCGAGGGAAUGCUGAGCACUAACGAGUUUUUAAAGGAGAUCAGCUAUGAGCUCAUCACGGGGAAAGUUUCUGUCCUGGCUUCACACUUCAACAAGACAUCUCUUGGUGAUAAUCUGGAGAAGGAGUUGUUGCGGUAUCAGCGGAGGAGAAAGCAGCAGGCUGAGCUCAGUGACCCUGUUCACUCUGAGGAAGAAGUAAACAUGAAAGUUGACACCUGCACAGAGACCCUGAGCGAGACGUUUCAGAUUUACCCGCCACAGCUGACCGUGGCUCGGAGUCUCCUGUCUCUGGUGUGUGGCAUUGCAGACUCAAACAGCCAGAACCUCGACCUCGGCAGAUUCUGCAAAGUCGACUUCCUGGUGCUGGUGCCACCGUCAAACGUCCUGCUUCAUCAGACAGCCAGACGCAUCCGCCAGUCAGGAGUGCUGGUGGAUCUGGGGAUGGAAGACGCCUCUACAGCCCAACAAAAAUCAGAUAAAUAUGUAGUACGUCUGGACAACGAGGUUCACACCAAAAUGGAGGUGUUCAUGAGGAAAGUUAAACAGAACCCUUACACACUAUUCGUCCUCAUCCACGAUAACUCACACGUCGAUGUAACCAGUGCGAUGUCUGGCUCUGUCUCUCAUGGUGAUCUUCAGGGAUUGGCUGAUCGUGUGGUGAACUCACAGGAGGUUUUAGAUGCUGAGAAUCUGUUGCUUCUUCAGGUCACGUCCUUUCCUUUCGCCCUGCAGUCGUGUCACUCGCGCAUCAGCAUCCACAAUGAAGUGCACUGGCCCACCAACCAUGGCCUGCAGGGGGCGCUCUCCCCGAAUGACUUGGUGUAUUUUGGGCUGAAGGAUUACCAGCACUCGGUGCAGUGGGGUGUCUCCAGUCCCAUUCUUCGCUGUGACGAUGCCUUUGAGAGGAUGGUCAAUGUUCUGCUCCAACGUCACCCUCAUCUGCACAGUAUGGUGAUCCGGAGCUACCUGCUGAUCCAGCAGUACACCGAAGCCAUGAUGGCGCUGACGGCGUGCCCAGCACUGAGGGAUCACGUCACACCUCAGACGCUGGCCAUGGUGGAGGGUGUAAUGAGCAGCGCUGGGAGGGGUGGCAGGGGGCGCAUGCUGCUGGUACGUGUGCCCUCACUUCAGCUGGCGCGACUGGCACGGGAGCGACUGGAAGAGGCGCAGCACAAACUGGGGCUGGAGCGGAGGUUCGCCGUGGUGCUGGGAGGACCGACAUAUGAGAUUAGCCUCACAUCACACUUCUGCACACAGCUCAGGGCAUGGAGACGGUGUGGAACUGAAGACUGGGCUCCUGUCACCUAUGAGGAUCUGGAAGAUUUACCCUGCAUCCUCAUUCUCACUGGGAAAGACCCUCUGGGGGAAACAUUCCCCAGGUCUCUGAAGUAUUGCGACCUGCGACUGAUUGACUCCAGCUUUCUGACCCGCACAGCACUAGAGCAGGAAGUAGGUGUGGCUUGCUCCUAUGUCACACGUGGCAUCAUUCCUGACACCAUGAGUACAGCAGACAAAGGGGUGGAACUGAAGGAGGAAGAGGAGGACGAGAUAGAGAGUAGCAGGGGAGGAAUGAUAGAGUCUGAUGAACUUCCGCUGGAGCCGGACAGACCCCCGAGCAAUGGCAGUGCUACAACCCGAGCCUCCGGCUCAGUUGCAGAAAAUGGCGUAAGCUCAUCUCUUGUUCCUGACUCCUCCCAUAAAUCCUGCUCUGUGUCCUCCUGCCAAUCGGAAGUAGCUAAUAGCAGCUCCUUCAACUCCUCUCCAAGUCAUGUCAAGCAGGAGUGUGACUCCCAGUGUCCUGGGUCUUCUUCCUCCUCAUCGUCCUCCUCUUCCUUAUCCUCUUCUUCCUCCGCCUCUCCCGGUUCUCAUCGUCCAAGCCAGUCCACUCAGACGUUCUCUGCGGCGAGUAAAUCAACGCUGUGCGUGUUCGCUCGCACAGUGGUUCUGUCCCGUGCUUCGUAUCGGCUCCUGGCGCCUGACUCGGCAGAUCAGCCCAGCUCAGCUUGGCUCCUCCCACACGGAGAGGUAGAGUGGAUCGGUGCACUCCGACCCCCAAUCCCACAGCAGGGUGACGCUGCUGAGCAAUCGUUAUAUUACCGCCAGUGGACGAAGGCACAACCUCAACAUGCCGAUUACAGCGCUGCAGGCGCCGCCCACCCGAGGAGGCUCCUACUAAGUGGCCCACCACAGGUGGGAAAAACGGGUGCAUAUCUGCAGUUUUUGCGGAUUUUGUUUCGGAUGUUGAUUCGUCUGUUGGAGGUGGAUGUUUAUGAUGAGGAAGAGCUGAUGGAAGACUAUGUUACUGAAGACCCCAAGCCUCCUGUUUCCAGCGGCCCACCCUGGCCUGACCUGGAGAAGAUGCAGAAGAUGUCCUUUGACCUUAACCCACGUGACCCCAAGUUUAAGCAGUGUAGCUCGGUGUAUUCUGGCAGGAAUCAGCUCAGAUUAAAUGGACUGAAGCAAGAAAAGUAUAAUGAGAGCAGUGAGAGGAAAAGGAAGACAGUCUCUAUAAGGCUCAGCAUGUUCGCAGCCCAUAAUGCAUUUCACCACUGUGAGCAGUGCCAUCAUUACAGCGAGCCUGGGCCUGCCCGUCCGCUGUCUGACUGCACCUUCCAUGCCUUCUCGUUCUGCUCGUCCAUGCUUGGUGAGGAGGUGCAGCUUCACUUCAUCAUCCCGAAGAACAAAGAGCACCACUUUGUCUUCAGCCAGCAGGGACACCAGCUCGAGAGCAUGAGACUUCCUCUCCUCUCUGACCAGGACGGUGUAAAGAGUACUAUCUUCACCCCUACGACAGGCCGGCAAGAUCUGGGUCUGCUAAAUCUCCACCACGCCCUGGAGGGGGCACCGCACCUCCACAUCCUGGUGGUGAAGCAGCAUGAGAUGGCCAUCUACAGGAAGUUCUGGCCCAACCACGUCCUGCUGGUGCUACCCUCCAUCUUCAACAACUCUGGAGUUGGAGCAGCUCGCUUCAUGAUUAAAGAGCUUUCAUAUCACAACCUGGAGCUGGAGAGGAACAGGCAGGAGGAGCAGGGUGUACAGAGGCAGGACAUCUGGCCUUUUAUCCUCAUCAUGGACGACUCAUGUGUGCUGUGGAACACUCAUGUCCAGGACAGAGAUGGCUCAGUGGAGGUGUGUAAUGUAUCUCUGAAGAGUGUGUUGCUGCACAUGGAGGCGACUCCAUCUAUCUCUCACUACGCCAUGUGUGGACUGAGGAGUUGGAGCAGUAAAACCUCCGUCUCAUCAUUCAGUGCUGCGUUCAGCCGCUGCCAUCUUCAUGACUUUAUCCUGCUCAAUGUGGACCUCACGCAAAACGUCCAGUAUGACCUCAACCGCUACACAUGUGAGGAGGUGGACUUUAACCUGAGGGUGAACAGCAGCGGCCUCUUGCUGUGUCGCUUCAAUCGUUUCAGCAUCAUGAAGAAACACAUCCCGAGUGGCGGCCACAAACACACACUCAUCAAACCCAAACUCACAACAAUGGAGUCUCCUUCACCGGUGUCCAGCUCCCAGUUUGUGUGUGCACCGGACAGUGUGUGUCCGAUGUUGGAUGUUCCAGCUCAGCUCCUGCUCGAGAGAUUCCUACAGCACUGCAGCACACAUCUGUUCCCUCAUGCACUACAUAGCUACACACACCCUGUACUCGCCAUCGACACCUACCUCGACCUUGGACCUCAGUUGGCAGUGUGUUAUAUGAGCUCCAGGCCUCACUCGGUGAACCUGAACCAUAGUGGUGUCGUGUUCAGUGGGCUGCUCCUCUACCUGUGCGACUCCUUCGUGGUUUCCGGUUUCCUGAAGAAAUUCCGCUUCCUGAAAGGUGCGACUCUGUGUGUGGUCUCUCAGGACCGCAGCUCUUUGCGUCAGACCAUCGUAAGACUGGAGCUGGAGGACGAGUGGCAGUUCCGUCUGCGAGACGAGUUCCAGACGGCCAACUGCAGCGAGGACCGUCCGCUUUACUUCCUCACGGGACGCCACAUUUAACAGGCUGAAUAAAUAAAUAAAACUUUCUGCUCCAUCACUAAACAUUGACUCCGAUGCUAACAGAUAUAUACAAACACAAACGCACAUUGUGACAAAGGACACGUGUUGACGAAUGGAGGAGAUCCUGAUGCUUCUCCUUAACUGUGAAGAUUGGCCUCUCGUGGUGUUAAAGGACUCGCUCGCACACAUGGGGGCGCAACAGAAGAUGAUUGUAAACUGGGCUCCAUUUUGGGAUCCCGACUACGUACCUCAUGGACGUAGGUUUCAUCUCAGGGUUUUUUUGUCAUGAGGCAAAAAAAAAAGACUUUGUUACUACUGCUUUCUUUUUCUCUCUUAAGCUUUCUCUCUCUUUAUAUAUAGAAAUCUAUAUCCUUCAUCAAAGCUUUGCUAACUGACCAAGGACACUUAACCCCAAAGAUCCAGAAAAAGAUACAAAAAAUAACGUACGACGUCCUGCAUGGCCACAGACACAAACGUUUCCUGAGAGUCGGAUACAAAUCUUAUUGAUUUCACUCACUCUCUCUCUCACUCAUUUUCUACCGCUUAUCCGAACUACCUCGGGUCACGGGGAGCCUGAGCAUCUCAGGCGUCAUCGGGCAUCAAGGCAGGAUACACCAUGGACGGAGUGCCAACCCAUCACAGGGCACACACACACACUCUCAUUCACUCACACAAUCACACACUACGGACAAUUUUCCAGAGAUGCCAAUCAACCUACCAUGCAUGUCUUUGGACCGGGGGAGGAAACCGGAGUACCCGGAGGAAACCCCCGAGGCACGGGGAGAACAUGCAAACUCCACACACACAAGGUGGAGGCAGGAAUCGAACCUCCAACCCUGGAGGUGUGAGGCGAACGUGCUAACCACUAAGCCACCGUGCCCCCCCUUAUUGAUUUCACACUUGUUAUAUUACAUAUCUUGCUAAUCCUCAACGCUAGCUAUUUGCUAGCUGUCUCUGAGUUACAUUUCCGUGUCCUGAUUGAAGUAUUUUUCCACUCUGACAUUCUAAGAUGUGUUUUCUCAUAUCAGCCAAUGACACGAUACCACAACAAUCCUCUUAACUCAAACACUCAAACACAAUCAGCAUGGUUUGUUUAGUUUUGUUUUUUUUUUUGUUGCUAAUGCCAAAUAUCUAUUUUUUUGUGCCUUGAAGUAAUCUGUUAUUCCAUGUGUGCAGAGGACAGAGAAGGUUAUAACAUGUUGGUUACGAAGUAUGAAGGAAGAGCUGGCUAGCUAAUCAGAUUGAGCAGUUAGCAUUACAGAUAAUUCAAAUAAAAAAAAAGCAGAACUAAACAAAUUGUUAGCUUUACCGUUUGUACCGUUUGCAGUAAAGGUUCUUAAUCAGAUUUAUUCAAAGUAACGGAUAUGAAGAAACUUUAACAGAGCCUCGUGCUCGGGCUGAAGUGCUACAGAAUCAGUAGAGGGUAAAGACGUGACAAGCUGCUAGCACGGGAUCUCCUGCUAGCACUCCUGACACCCAAGUGUUGCAUGUGUGGUAGCCGUUGUGACGUUGUUAGCGGACCGAUGAAUAAACCUAGCUUUUGGGGGGUUGGACAUUUUGUGUUUAGAUUUUAUGGAAAGCUGAUAUUAAUAUAUUAAAACUUUGUCACAUGUGGGUGAAAAUUCUGCCUUUUCUGUUCCAAGGCACAAAGAUCCUACCUAAGAACCUGCUCUCCAGCAUUGUUUUUAUUUAAGAUGAAAGAAACACGUCCCGUUGUUGUGGGAUCGUUAUUUAUUUGUACGAGCUUCUCGGACCGAUGAUUAGCAUGCUCGCUAAUGCAGAGGAAACGCGACACUUCAGUGGAUCGUCCGAAGUUUUUGCACACGUCCAUAAAAAAAAAAAACUCAAAUAUUUAGAGCAAAGGAUGUGAAGUUGCACUAUACACUUGGCUGAGGGCCAAAGAGUUAGAAGUAUUUUUGGUAGCAAACUGGUUUAAACCAGUUCUCUUACUUUGAAUGAAAUGUAUUAAGACCAGUGUGGAUUUUGAUGAAGAAACGAUCUUGUAUUGCGACCCCUAGAAUGUGUUUAGUUUGUAUAUAAAAAGUGACGCACAUAAGUUAUGCAAUUUGCUUUUCACAAUCUUUAUGUCUGAAACUCUAUCUGCUGUGUGUACGUGACCCCGAGCUGUUUAUGAAUGUUUGAAUCAUCUUUGUGCUCUACCUCAGGAUCGGCCGGUUUGGUUGUGGGUUUGAUAAUGUGACUUAUAAAUGGAAUGAUUUUUGAUGUUGUUGUUGUUGCUGGAAUUUAUGAAUGUAAUAAAAAGUGACAAUGUAAUAAAGUGACAUUGAUGCUAUGGAGGAGGAGACUGU